AUGGAUACAGGUCCGGCUUUCAAGUCAGAGCCGUCCCUCACUCAGGAUGCUCAGGCCGUGCGGCCGCCGAUGAGACGUGUGAGCUCAGAUGAGACAGAGCGCCCACCUUCAGCUCAGCGCACGCAAGAUGAGGUCGACGACCAGACUGAUGCAGCCACUGGAGAGCAACCGGAAUAUGACGAUACUGAUCCAGCAGACAGAGUUAAGGACUUUGACUGGGAGGAUCUGGAACUACGGUACCAUCAGGCCAUGGAGGGUUGCCACAACGAAGAAUCAGAACUGAUGCAGGAAUGGGAGAGUCUUAUGGCUUACUUCCGUAUCUGGGCAAAUUCAGGAAAUGAGCAUGAGACGGGUCGGACCUACUCAAGGCUUCGUACACGCAUGACGUAUGUCCAGAAUUCUGAAGAGGAACUAGAGCAAAAGCGAAAUCACUAUGUCAGCGUGGUCAAGGCCUUCGAAAGUGCGCUCAACCUCCUCAAAGCCAACGGUAUUGGUCGUUGA